UACCUGUAUUGGAUUAGAGAUGAUGAUGAUGAUGAUGAUGGAGGGUCAGGAGGAAGAUGUUGUUUGCAACGAUCAGUUGCAGAUUAUCAAAGGGAAACGUGGUAAGCGCCCAAGGCAGCUCUCUCCUCUGAGUUUGGCGAUGGUUUCGACGUCUUCGAGUGGAGGAGAAAGUGGAAGAAACGGUGACGAUUCUACAUCUGUUGAGUUUGCAGAAAGCACCGAGGAAGACGAAGACAUGGCUAAUUGUUUGAUACUUUUGGCUCGAGGUCAAACGAGAAAAUCGCCACCCCAACCGGUUUCUAUGGUGAUGAGCGGGAUAGAUGUUCACCGGUGCAAGACGUGUGAUCGGUGUUUCAGUUCAUUCCAGGCGCUCGGCGGACACAGAGCGAGCCACAAGAAACCCAAGGUUGUUAAUAAUGAAGAAAGCAAUAAAGGGUUGGUGUUUGAUGUUCGUCAGCCGUUCAAUAACAUGAACAAAACGCUUUCACUUCAGAUAACCAAUAAGCCUGUUUUAGGCCAUAACAGCAAACCCAAAGUUCACGAGUGUUCUAUGUGUAGAGCCGAAUUCUCUUCCGGACAAGCUCUCGGUGGCCAUAUGAGGAGGCAUAGGACAAUAAAUAGUGUUCCGACAAGUGUCGGAACAAGGAUUGUGAGGCCUGAAUCAGAAGAUAAGUCCAAGAAAUCAAGAACCGUUCUGCAAUUGGAUCUUAACCUUCCAGCACCAGAAGAUGAUCAUCAAAGGGAAACAAAAAUCCCAUUAGCUUCCAAGCAGGAAAAGCUACUGCUCUUUUCGGCUUCUUCUUUGGUUGAUUGCCAUUACUAGAAAUGCAAUGUCCAUCUUUUUAAUCAAACUGUAUUAUUUUCUCAUUGA